AUGAGUAGUUUAUGUUUACAACGUCUACAAGAAGAAAGGAAAAAAUGGAGAAAGGAUCAUCCCUUUGGUUUCUUUGCAAAACCAACUAAGAAAGCUGACGGUACUAUGAAUCUGCAGAAAUGGGAAGCUGGUAUUCCAGGUAAAGAAGGCACAAUAUGGCAUGAAGGUGUAUAUCCAUUGACUAUAGAAUAUCCAGAUGAGUACCCAUCGAAACCACCUAAGGUUAAACUACCUAGUGGGUUUUAUCAUCCUAACAUAUACCCAAGUGGUACCAUUUGCCUGAGUAUCCUGAAUGAAGAACAAGACUGGAGACCGGCCAUAACUCUAAAACAAAUCUGUUUAGGUAUUCAAGAUCUCUUAGAUACUCCAAACCCUAACUCCCCAGCACAAGAGCCUGCUUGGAGGGCAUUUCAAAAAAACAAAGCUGAAUAUGAAAGGAAAGUUCUAUUACAGGCAAAGCAAUAUACCAAAUGA